ACCUCUCUUUCUUCCCGCUUAAAAUAUAAUUUUAAGAGGGUAUUAAAUCCAUUCUUUUUUUUGUGUAAUAAAAUUCCUCUUAAUCAUGAAGUACGUUGUUGUUUCCGGAGGUGUCAUCUCAGGUAUUGGUAAAGGGGUUCUUGCCUCUUCUACUGGGUUGUUAUUCAAGACUUUGGGAUUUAGGGUAACCUCAAUCAAAAUCGAUCCUUACAUGAACAUCGAUGCCGGUACCAUGUCACCAUUAGAACACGGAGAGUGUUUUGUGUUGAAUGACGGGGGUGAAGUCGACUUGGAUUUGGGAAAUUACGAACGGUACUUGAAUAUUACCUUGACUAGAGAUCAUAACAUCACCACUGGUAAGAUCUAUUCCCAUGUUAUUGAGAAGGAAAGAAACGGAGACUACUUGGGUAAAACCGUGCAAGUAGUGCCUCACAUCACCAAUGCAAUCCAAGACUGGGUUGAAAGAGUCAGUCGAGUUCCAGUUGAUGAUUCAGGAUUGGAACCGGAGAUUUGUAUUGUGGAAUUGGGAGGAACCGUUGGUGACAUUGAAAGUGCUCCAUUUGUUGAGGCUUUAAGACAGUUUCAAUUUAGAGUGGGGCCUGAGAACUUUGCCUUGAUUCACGUGUCGUUGGUUCCUGUUAUUCACGGAGAGCAGAAGACCAAGCCUACCCAAGCUGCUAUCAAGGACUUGAGAUCUUUGGGUUUGACCCCAGACAUGAUUGCUUGUAGAUGUCAGGAAGAGUUGGAAGCUGGAACCAUUGAAAAGAUUGGAAUGUUCUGUCAUGUGGGGCCAAACCAGGUCAUUGCCGUGCAUGAUGUUAACUCCACCUACCAUGUGCCCUUGUUAUUGAAGGAACAAAAGAUGAUGAAGUAUUUGCAAAAGAAGUUGGCGUUGGAAAACGUCCAGUUGCCAACCGAAGCUUUAUCCAAGGGUGAACAACUUUUGAUCAAAUGGAGGAAAUUGACCUCUAGUCAUGACAAAUCUUUUGAGUCCGUCACUAUUGCCUUGGUUGGAAAGUACACUCACUUGAAGGACUCUUAUUUGUCGGUGAUCAAGUCUUUGGAACAUGCUUCCAUGAAAUGUCACAGAAGAUUAAAGAUCGAAUGGGUCGAAUCCACCGACUUGGAGGAAGAAACCAAGAUUUCCAACUUGUCCAACUAUCACAAGGCAUGGCACUACGUUUGCCAGGCCGAUGGGAUUUUGGUUCCUGGAGGAUUUGGUAGUAGAGGUAUUGAAGGUAUGGUUGCGGCCGCCAAAUAUGCCAGAGAAAACGACGUUCCAUACUUGGGAAUCUGUCUUGGUUUACAAAUUGCUGUUAUCGAGUUUGUCAGAAACGUUUUGGGAUACGAGAAAUCCACCAGUAUGGAAUUUGAUCCUGAAACUGACGAAGCUACGGCUUCUGUAGUUUACAUGCCUGAUGUUGACCAGAUCAAGUUGGGAGGAACCAUGAGAUUGGGUAUCCACGAAACCAAGUUUGUGGCUGAUACCGAUUGGUCUGUUUUGAAGAAGUUAUACGGAGGUGCUUCCUCAGUUUAUGAAAGACACAGACACAGAUAUGAAGUCAAUCCUAAGUUGGUUGGAGAAAUUGAGGCCAAGGGAUUAAAGUUCAUUGGUAAAGAUGAAACCGAACAGAGAAUGGAAAUGUUGGAACUCAAGGGACAUAAGUUCUUGUGUGGAACCCAAUAUCAUCCUGAGUACAUUUCCAAAGUGUUGGAUCCAUCGAGACCAUUUGUGGGAUUAAUCGCGUCUGCUUCGGGGAUUUUAGAAGAUAUCUUGAGCAGUGAUGAUUUAGACUACAAAGGAGAGUUUUGAUUUGUUUUUUAAGAUAUAGAUUUAAUUGCUAGCAUAGGAUUCAAUUUGCAUUGUAAAUAUAAGAAACCCAAACCCUUCGCAACCUGCGCACGCCCCUUGCUCUCAAUAAAAGUCACCAAAAGCCGAGAUUAAAAUCCCCAGAGUCACCUAACUUAUUUUUC